AUGUCUCAGAAUUCUUACAGAGGUGAGGCUAUCGUCCGACGAUUGGCUCAAGAAGGCUACGCAGUGACCGUCAACGACGUGUCCGCGAAUCAAGCCGGAAUUGACAAGCUUGUUAAUGAGCUGAACUCAAAGCAUGGGGCUGGAAGCGCCAUCGGGGUCGUGGCUGAUGUGACCUCAUCCUCGGAUGUGCAGAACCUAAUUAAGGAGUCUGUGGACAAGCUUGGAGACUUGACCGUCUUCGUCGCAAAUGCGGGCAUCGCACAAGUUGCACCGGUGCUGGAGAUCUCUGAUGAGGACGUCCAGAAGAUGUUCAAUGUCAACUUUAUGGGCGUUUGGCUUUCGUAUACACACGCAGCGAGGCAAAUGAUCAAACAAGGCCCUGUGCCGGAAGGAAGUAGUGGAUACAAGAUCCUGGGUGGUGCGAGUAUCGUUGCUCUUAGUUGA